AUGCCGCCCAAGAAGCGUACUACCGUCGCCGCCGCCGUGCCGCUUGGCGAGGCCGACGCGAACCGUGGAUCGGCUACAAACAACACAAUGACAGAGCCCGCCGAGAAGCCGGCCCCCAAGUCUCGCAAGCGCAAGUCGGACGCCGUCGACGGGGCCGCCUACCCCUCGGGCUCGACGCACAGGAUUGCCUACAACUCGCUGUCCGACUUUCUGAAGAAGAAGGGCCCGACGUCCGGCAACACGAGCAGCGUCUUCUACGCCGGCUACGUCUUCUUCGAGAAGCUGUGCAUCGUGACCAAGAAACCCAAGGGCAAAACGAGGCUGGAGAUGGAGAUCUUGUGGCCUGAUGGUUUCGACACCCACGCCCAGAUGGCCAGUUACAUCGUGCCUACGUAUGCCACGUUGACAAUGGAUCAGUACGGCAAGGUUCGUUGUUAUUGA